AGAGACGGAGAAUCACCAUGAACGAGCUCAAAUGGAUUCAAACUUCUUUACUUCUCACAGCGCUGCUUCAGUUUGCUGCAGCAGCUGGAGAUAAAGAAGUCACAUUUAAAGCUUCACUUGGAGAGAACGCCACGUUGUCUUGUGAAACUGUGAUACAAGGUCAACAGAAGUGUGAAUAUACGGCAUGGGCCUUUGCUGAUGAUGAUUCAGGAAACACACCAGCAGUAGACCUGGUUGUAGAAGGUCAGGUUAAAAACUCUGGAGUUAAAUCAGACAGACUGAAUGUUACAGAGGACUGUUCUCUGGUUAUAAAGAAGAUCACAGAGGAGGAUGCUGGACGUUACCUCUGUCUACAGAUCAAAUCAGGAAGAAGAACAGGCGAUGUGACUCGAGUUCAUCUCUCUGUUACCAAGAGUGAGGACACCAAACCAGAACUACCAGCAACAACAACGCCUGCAGGAGACUGGCUUUGGUGGUUGAUCCUCGUGGCUGUGGUGGUUUUUAUAGUUCUGUUAGUGGUCGUUGUGAAAGUCAUCAGACAGAAAGGAAACAGAACGCAGAUGAGUGACGAUGUUGUAAGUCCCAAAACGUUUGAUUACGAUGUUUGUUCUGACCGGCUGCUGAAGAGACUUGAUCAAUUUAGACAUUAUGAGGGUCAUUCUUUGGAUACCAUCAUACGAACCUUAUAA